CUCAGCUGUAAGUUGGAGACGAUAGUGUCAAGAUGAAGACUUCCGUUUUAUUCCUCGUCCUCCUGGUGGUGCUGUCGGCGGUCCUCAGCGCCGCUAACCCCGCCGCUGACCCCUUCAAGAAGAAAGGCUUCAAGAAGCAGGGGUACAGGCCAAGGCCGAUUGCUAGGCCCGUGGUUUACCGCCCUGUCUAUGUUGUGCAGAAACCGGUACAGCCAAGCUACGGACACCAGCCAAGUUACGGACACCAGCCAAGCUACGGACACCAGGCGAGUUACGGACACCAGUCAAGCUACGGACACCAGUCAAGCUAUGGACACGGCUGGUAGACUUUCUUGUUAGUGAUAUCCAAGAGGAUCUCCGGGCUUCUGGCUGUCUAAAGGAAUUGAGGAAUGAUCGGUUUCUGCAACUUUAAAAGCGCACUACCUCCAUUUUUAUUUCAAACUCUGAGAGUCGCUGCCUGCCUCUAGUUUAGAAGAUAAGGAAAUUUCAUGUAACUGAUUUAUUUCUGUUAACCGUAUCAUUCUCACUGACAGUACUUUUCGAAAGAUAUUGGAUAUAUCCUUUGUUCUGUAGUUUGUGUAAAUUUAUGUAAAAUUGAAUUGUACAAAAACGCACAUAAAUAAUUAUAUUUAGUACAAAUGA